CCCCUCCCCAACGACGUCACGUGCAUAUCAGAGAAAGCGGAAUUUGUAAACACUGAAGUUUGGGGUUUGACAGGUGGUUGCUGAAUGAUUGCAAUGAUGAGCCCCAAGUUUUAAUAUUUUCUGCAAAUAGGAAACUUGUCUAUUUUUAGGUUUUCAUGCAGUCUCUGUUGCUUAUUUUUUAAGGCAAUGAGAAAUGUGAACACUUCCGAAUUAAUGAAACCUCAAAUAGUUCUUUAUUGUAUUUUGUUUAGCAUAAUUAAUGAAUUAUGUUUCUGCCAAACUCCAAAUUUUCUUAUAAUACUAACAGAUGACCAAGACAACGAACUUGGUGGUUUGAUUCCUAUGGAACAAACUCGGUCUGUUAUUGGAGGAGAGGGAGCAGAAAUUAAAAACAUGUUUGUCACUACACCAUUAUGUUGUCCAAGUCGUGCGAGUUUGCUUACUGGAAAGUAUGCCCAUAAUCAUGGUGUUGUCAAUAACUCAGUUAGUGGAAACUGUCAUUCCACUCAGUGGCAGAGAGAGCAUGAACCGAAAACGUUUGCUACGUAUUUUAAAAGGACUGGCUAUACUACGUAUUAUGCUGGGAAAUAUCUUAACCAGUAUGGCAAAAAAUCGGUUGGAGGAGUAAAGCAUGUGCCACGAGGCUGGGACCAUUGGAUGGGAUUGGUUGGGAAUUCACAUUAUUAUGAUUAUUCAUUAUCUGUGAAUGGCCGUGAAGAAAAACAUGGUUCUAAUCCGCAAAACGACUAUUUGACUGACCUUAUAAUGAAAAGGGCCAUUGAGUUUUUAUUAAAACAAAAUGGAACAGUUCCAUUUUUUAUGUUUUUGUCUCCUCCAGCACCACAUGCACCAUUUACUCCUGCUCCUCAUUAUAGAUAUGAAUUUUCUAAUGUUUCUGCACCCAGGACACCAAAUUUUAGCUUCAAUCCAAAAAAGGGCAAACAUUGGUUGUUGAGGCAGCCUCCUAAAUCUCUCUCAGAAGAUGUAAUUGAAAGUAUUGAUGAAACAUUCAGGAAUAGAUGGCGUACUUUGCUUUCUGUUGAUGAAGGCGUGCUCAGCAUUUUUAAAGUGCUUCGGGAUACCAAGUUGUUGGAUAAUACUUUCAUCUUUUUUACAUCAGAUAAUGGUUUUCACUUAGGGCAAUUUUCUUUGCCGUGGGAUAAACGACAGCCAUAUGAAUUUGAUGUAAAAGUUCCUCUUCUGAUUAGAGGCCCUGGAGUGGAGAAAGGAAUAACAAUUCAGCAACCAAUGUUAAAUAUUGAUCUAGCUCCUACCUUUCUGGAACUUGCAAACAUAUCAAUUCCUGAGGAUUUAGAUGGUAAAUCGUUUGCUACUUUGCUGUUAAAUCCAAACUCAGAUGUCAAGUUGAGAUCAAGUUUCAUAAUAGAACAUCAGGGUGAGGCUAGUGAUAAGCUUAUUCCUGGAUGCCCACAAUACAAAGCUGAAGAAGUGCAUACAUGUGAAAUUGAUUGUAUAUGUGAGGAUUCACGAAACAAUACUUAUGUUUGUGUACGAGAACUUACUCAAGAGAAAAAUUAUCUGACCUGUCUUUUCAAAGAUGAUGAGGAUUUUAUAGAAGCAUAUAAUCUUACUGAAGAUCCUUUUCAGAUGAGGAACAUUUAUCCACAUGCAAAAGAAAGGGAUGUUAUUCGAAAAUUUUUGAAUAAUUGAAUGUUUGAAUUUUUAUUUGCAGAAAAAAUCGUAAAUGUAAUUUUUUUUUAUUUAACUUGCUUUGUAUAUUUAUUUGUCUCAGAUAUUUUAGAAAUGAAAAUUAACUGACUUCUGCUUAACAUAGGUACCAAAUCUUUCAAGGUAGGCAAAAAUCCAAUGACAAUAAACUUUUCUAUCAUUUUUAGAGUUAGCAACUAAUCUCA